ACAAGUUAUCAUCUCGUAAAAAAAGGAAUUACUGUCGAACUCUCUGUAAACUAAAAAAUAUUUUAAAAAAUUUAUAAGCAUGGAUGAAUCAUCUCACAUUGAAGAUGAAGAUGAAUAUGAAGAAGAAGAAGUACCCGUAGUAGGUAUAAUAGAUAUCAGAAAAGAAGGGUAUAGAAGUGACCAAUUAUAUUGCGCACAUCUCAUGUUAAGACAAGCUUGGAAUGGUAAUUUCGGUGCCCCAGUUGAUGACUUAUUACGUUCAAAAUCUGGUGCUAAAGUUCUUGAUUUUGGAUGCGGUUCAGGUUAUUGGACGUUAGAAAUGGCAACGGAAUUUCCAUCAUCAAAAUUUUAUGGAAUUAAUCCAACAGCAUCCUUCCCCGGAUCAGUUUCACCCAAAAAUGUUGAGUUUAUAGUAUCAAAUGUUCUUACCGAUACUCUUCCAUUCAAAGAUGCGGAAUUUGAUUAUGUGUUUGCUAGAAAUAUAAUGUUUACCUUCCGUAAACCCAAUUUCGAAUCGAUUGUAAUUAAAGAAUUAUUGCGAGUUCUCAAACCUGGAGGAUACAUUGAGUUUGUUGAGGAAGAAAUUACCGAAGGCCAUAAUAGAGGCAAAGCAUUGCUGCGUUGGAAUGUUGAUGGAUUGAAGCCUUGGCUUGAAACUCAAAGUAUUGAUUAUGAAAUUCCAUAUCGAUUUGAAGAAUGUCUUAAAAGUACAAAUCAAUUAAAAGAUGUUAUGGAACAAAAAUUAAAAAUUCCGAUUGGUAAAUCUAAUGGGUUUAUCGGGGAACUUUCUGCCGAAUAUAUAAUGAAUACUGUAAAAUCGAUGGCUGAUAAUUUAAUUUCAAUUAUGAACUUAACGAAUGAAGAAUAUGAUAAUUUAGUUGGAGAAAUUGAAAAAGAAGUCAGAGAUAAUGAAGAGGAUAAUAAUGCUUAUUUUUAUUAUCGAAGAUAUUUAGCUUUAAAAAUGUGAGAUCCUUUUUUUUUAUAGUAGAAGUAAAAUAUAUCAUAUAAAUUUUAGGGAUAGGGUAGCAAU